GCAGAGUGAGGGACCAAAUGGUGCAGCCCACAGCCAUGGUGAUCAUGUCGGAGUUCGGCGCGGCCCCCGCGGGCUCGGGCCAGCAGAAGCCCCUCCGGGUGGGCUUUUACGACGUGGAGCGGACCCUGGGCAAAGGCAAUUUCGCAGUGGUGAAGCUGGCGCGGCAUCGGGUCACCAAAACUCAGGUUGCAAUAAAAAUAAUCGAUAAAACACGAUUAGAUUCAAGCAAUUUGGAGAAAAUAUAUCGUGAGGUUCAGCUCAUGAAGCUUCUGAAUCACCCUCAUAUCAUAAAGCUUUACCAGGUUAUGGAAACAAAGGACAUGCUUUACAUUGUCACCGAAUUUGCAAAAAAUGGAGAAAUGUUUGAUUAUCUGACGUCCAAUGGGCACCUGAGUGAGAAUGAAGCGCGGAAGAAGUUCUGGCAGAUUCUGUCAGCCGUGGAGUACUGCCACGGCCACCACAUCGUUCACCGCGACCUCAAGACCGAGAACCUGCUGCUGGACAGCAACAUGGACAUCAAGCUGGCAGACUUUGGAUUUGGGAAUUUCUACAAGCCAGGAGAGCCUCUCUCCACGUGGUGUGGGAGCCCCCCGUACGCAGCCCCAGAAGUCUUUGAGGGGAAGGAGUACGAAGGCCCCCAGCUGGACAUCUGGAGCCUCGGUGUCGUGCUGUACGUCCUCGUCUGUGGUUCCCUCCCCUUCGACGGGCCCAACCUGCCGACUCUGAGACAGCGGGUGCUGGAGGGCCGGUUCCGCAUCCCUUUCUUCAUGUCCCAAGACUGCGAGACCCUGAUCCGCCGCAUGCUGGUGGUGGACCCUGCCAAGCGCAUCACCAUCGCCCAGAUCCGGCAGCACAGGUGGAUGCAGGCCGACCCCUGCCUGCUGCGCCAGGCCUCCCUCGCCUGCCCCGCGCACGGCUGCAGCUCCAGCCCGGGCGACCCCGACGAGCGGGUGCUGGGCAUCAUGCAGACCCUCGGCAUCGACCGGCAGCGGACCGUGGAGUCGCUGCAGAGCCGCAGCUACAACCACUUUGCCGCCAUCUAUUACCUCCUCCUCGAGCGGCUCCAGGAACACCGGAGCACCCCGUGUGCCCGCCCCGGGCCCGCCAGGCCACACAGGCCCAGGAGCUCAGACCUCAGCGGUUUGGAGGUGCCUCAGGAAGGUCUGCCUGCCGACCCUUUCUGCUCUGUCCUGCUGUGCCCGCCGCCCCCGACCUUGGCGCAGUCCGUCCUGCAGGCUGAGAUGGACUGUGACCUCCACAGCUCGCUCCAGCCCUUGUUCUUCCCGGUGGACGCCAGCUGCAGUGGAGUGUUCCGGCACCGCCCAGUCUCCCCCAGCAGCCUGCUGGACACGGCCAUCAGCGAGGAGGCUCGGCAGGGCCCGGGGCUGGAGGAGGAGCGGGAGGCCCAGGAGCCCCUGCCCAGCAGCACGGGCCGGCGGCACACCCUGGCCGAGGUCUCCACUUGCUUCUCCCCGCUCACCCCUCCAUGUAUCAUCGUCUCGCCCUCCGCCGUGGCAAGCCCUGCGGAAGGAACCAGCUCCGACAGCUGUCUGACCUUCUCCGCCAGCAACGGCCCUGCAGGGCUCAGUGGUGGUCUGGCCACUCAGGGGCUGCUGGGCACCUGCUCCCCGGUCAGACUGGCCUCGCCAUUCCUGGGCUCGCAGUCCGCCACCCCUGUGCUGCAGGCUCAGGGGGACCUGGGAGGAGCUGCCCUGCUCCCCGUCAGCUUCCAGGAGGGCCGGAGGGCGUCGGACACCUCGCUGACCCAGGGGCUGAAAGCCUUCCGGCAGCAGCUGAGGAAGACCACGAGGACCAAGGGGUUUCUGGGGCUGAACAAGAUCAAGGGGCUGGCUCGCCAGGUGUGCCAGUCCCCCUCCAGCCGGGCCGCCAGGGGAGGCCUGAGCCCCUUCCACCCCCCGGCACAGAGCCCGGGCCUGCACGGCGGCGCGGCUAGCAGCCGGGAGGGCCGGAGCCUGCUGGAAGAGGUGCUGCAGCAGCAGAGGCUGCUCCAAUUACAGCACCACCCGGCCACUGCGCCCACCUGCCAGCAGGGCCCCCAGGCCUACACGCUCAGCCCUUGCGACGGCCCCGGGGCCGCCCCGCUCCCCAGCGCCCUCCUUGCAGCGGGGCUCCCGCUGCUGCCGCCCCCACUCCUGCAGGCCAGCGUCUCCCCGGUGGCCUCAGCGGCACGACUGCUGGACACCCAUCUGCACAUCAGCGCUGGCCCAGCGGCCCUCCCCACCACGCCCCCACCACCGCGCCUGGCCAUGCUGGCUCCGGGCUGCGACCCCGCGGGGCUGCCGCGGGGGGACUGUGAGAUGGAGGACCUGACCUCCUGCCAGCUGGGGACGUUCGUCCUGGUGCAGUGAGGGCCCCACCCUCGUCCGCGCACAUCGGCUGCCUCUUCCAAGCAAUAACUUCAGAGUAUGUGAAGACAUUAUCGGACUUAAAGCCAAGAACUUUCUAGAAGCGAAACAAGCAAUACGUUAGGUGUUUUGGCUUUUCGGUUUAUUUUUCGUUUUUUUUUCCUUGCACUGAGUGACCUCAACUAUGAAUAGGGACUGGAAACUUUCUGAAGAAAAUAAUAACCUAGGGUGUGUCUAGCGGGCGGGUGGACAGGAGGGAGAAGCGGGACGGCCGGCAGUGUCCAGUGAGCACCCCCGUACAGAUGGGGUGACGGGGCGGGAGGAGCCACGGGGCCGAGGGACCUCAGCUCCUCGUCCACGGCGUUCUCGUGGCCAUGAGAUGAUUACCUCGGACGGACGUGGGGCGGCGGGUGGCGUGUGCGUGUGCGUGGAUUGCUGCCCUAUUCAGUUAACGUUCUCCACUUCCUGGAACGUUUAUGCUUUAAUGAAAACUGUGAACUUUCUGCUUUUGUGUAUCAGUUUUAAAACAGCUCUAAAUGGUCAGCCCAGGCGAAAUAAUCUACAAAUUCUUGGAAUUCUCGCUUCUGAAAUCGGAGCCCAGAGGACAGUUUUUUCUUAUUUUGGACGAGAAGUUUUAUAAACUGCUCAAGAGUCAGUUUUCCAAGAUUCUUUGGAGGAACCACAGGAAGAACCUAAAAGUGGGUGGGGGUGACUUCGAGGUGGUGGGGGUGACUUCGAGGUGGUGGGGGCUCUGUCCCAAGGGCCCCCAGGGGUCUUUGGGGAAGCCCAGGAGAAGUUUCUUCUGCUGCUCAUCUUGUUUCCGCUGCUAAUUAAGUUUCCAUGCAUUUCAUUAUCAGGGUCCGACAGGAACACCUGACUUGGGUGAAUUGUGCAAUACCGGGCGGCUGCGACCGGGCAGGACAGCGGGAGAUGGGCUCGCUGGCCUGUGACCGCGCUGCGCUUGGGCCGGGACCUUCCCCGGCAGAGCAGCCCCCGCACCCAGGCCUGGGCUCUUGUUGCUGGGCUUUUGUUCAAGGAACAUGAAAGGAGAGGUUUAGGUCAGUGUUUUUAUAGCAUUGUUUCUUUUUUUAAGCAAAUACUGUAUAUGUAUAUAAACAGGGACAGAUAUACACUACUUAUUUUUUAUAUUUUAUACUACGCCUUUGCGUUCCUGGGUCAUGUUAGGAAGUGUCCUGCCAGCGCCACAUUUGUGCUGCAGGAGGGGCCGUGGGGCCUGCUCGCCCUUAGCGCUGGGUGGAGGCGGCGGGGAGGGCAGCCUGACCUGGCAGGUUCGGGCUCACCUGUGGCAGGUAGACUCAGGUGGUGGCUCUGGCAGCCGGAACCCUCUUGAAUGCAACGAAGGAAACUUGCUGCUCCCCACUCGCUCUGUCUCAAGUCCCGUCCCUCUUCCUAGCCCCGGUGCCUUCAGCUUACUUUGGCUUCUACAACCUGCAGUAUUAAACAGAGGUCGUUAUGAAAGGGGGAAAGGUGGGUAUUUUCAAAAGCCAAAGAUUGACCCAGCGACUUGAGGGUAGGAGGAAGGCCGGUGCGUGCGGCCCGUGUCCGUGCGGUGGGCACCUGCUCUGUGCCUCUGGCGAGCUCACUGCUCCUCCCUGCUGCUCUGGGACUGCUUCAGGG